AUGGAUCCAGAAAAAGAGACAUCUCAUGAAGAAAUUGCGGAUUCUCCGCUCUUCAAAGGAGAUGAAGCGCUUCGACUGGUGGGAACUCAAGCACAGAAAUUCAAUGAAGAAUAUAAUCGAAGACUCAGGAACAAACUCGACAAGGUUAUUAUUCCAAUAACUGCUGCGGUUUACUUCACCCAGUUUUUGGACAAAACAUCGCUCAAUUAUGCGAGUAUCAUGGGGUUUCCGGUAACUGGACAGAACUACAAUUUGGUUUCAAUGGCGUUCUAUCUUGGUUUUAUAGUUUGGGAAUUCCCCACAGUAUAUAUCGCCCAGAAGCUCAGGCUUGGGAAAUACCUUGGCGUGAAUGUUAUCAUAUGGGGCAUCGUGCUAUUGUGCCAUGCGUUUGCGGAUUCCUUUCAUGCCUUCUUCGCGCUUCGUUUUAUUCUCGGGAUGUGCGAGAGCUGUGUGUCUCCUAUCCUUAUAUCGAUAAUAUCCAUGUUUUAUAGAAAAAACGAACAAGGAACUCGCAUUGCAUAUUUUUACGCAAUGCUUGGUUUUACUCAGGUCUUCGGAGGCUUCGUAGCUUAUGGAAUCUCAUUUUACAAUGGAGGUGCCAUGGCACCAUACAAGAUUGUCUACUACCUCCUUGGUGGCCUUGCAAUCCUCGUUGGUAUAAUCGUAUUAGUGUGCUUACCAGAUUCGCCUGUCAAUGCCUGGAUCCUUACGGAGGAGGAGCGCAUUGCGUCCCUAGAACGGGUCAGGGAUGACCAGGGUGGUACGGAGAACAGGAAGUUCAAGAAAGAACAAGUCAUCGAGACACUUCUGGAUGUCCGAACUUGGUUAAUCGUGCCUUGCAACUAUGCUUACGGCGGUCUCACUAACUUCAGCAACAUUAUCAUAAAGAAUUUCGGAUAUACAUCAAGGCAGACUUUGAUUCUUGCCACUCCCUCUGGAAUUGUGGAGGUUAUCUCAGUGGUGGUCUGCGGUUAUUAUUCUGAUAAAAAGGGAGAACGCAUGUUACCAGUGAUUUAUGCAACUCUCCCAACCCUUCUCGGCGUCGGUAAAUUAUCCUUCGUUUGUAGCAACCCAAAGAAGGCUGAUCGCCUUCCAGCGCUGAUGAUUGGCUUCAACGAUAGUGGACAGAAGGGGGUUUUACUAUUUGGUUCAUAUCUCAUAGGUUCGUUUGGAAGCACAUUAUCUACGAUCUAUGCAUACAAUGCCAGUAACACCAGUGGUUACACGAAGAAGCUCACCCUCAAUGCGCUCACCAUGGUCUUUUUCUGCGUUGGGAACAUCAUUGGCACUGAAAUUUUUCAACCUAAAGAUGCACCGGCAUAUAUCCCAGGCAAGGCUGCCAUCAUGGUUUUGCUUUCAGCGCAGAUCGGAGUAGCAUACCUUCUGCGCCACAUUAAUGUGAAGCUAAAUAUCAAACGGCGAGCGAUUAUAGAGGAGAUUAAGAGGGAGAAGGGUUGGACCGAUGACGACGUUCAGAAGGAAAAGGAGCGUCGUGCAUUCGCCGACAUGACAGACAAACAGUAA